UUCUGACAAUUCCCACAGCUAUAGCUCAGAGCUGACGUCAGAGUCAUCGGUCGCUCUAGUCACGUGGUGUCAGAACCCAGAGCGCAUCGAUGCGGCCCUAGUGUACGUGUGAGUGAGCGGGCGCCGGUCGGACAACAUGGCGGAUGACAAGGGCUCCUCAAAGCUGAAGGAUCUUGCCUUUCUGAAGGGUCAGAUAGAAGUUCUGCAGCGCAGGCUAGAAGAUGAGGUACAAGCCGGAGUGGCAAAAGAUGGUUCAUUUUUGAGCUCUCCAUUUCUGAAGGGAUUCCUGGCUGGAUACGUUGUUGCCAAACUGCGAACCUCUGCUGUUCUGGGAUUUGUGAUCGGAACCUGCAGUGGUAUUUAUGCAGCUCAGUCAUACGCUGUGCCAAAUGUUGAGAAAACCAUCAAAGACUACCUUAGCUCUCUGAGAAAGGGACCUGAUUAAACUGGACGGAGCUUACACUCCAUUCCCUGCUCCUCUCAUGUAUUAAGUGCUUUACUUGAACGAUAUAGUUAGAAUUAGGGACCUAUAACGUUGCACAUUCACUGUGUGCGCUGUUACAUGAACUGGAUGUAAGGUCUGUAAUACUCGGUAUACUCAGCAGGCCUGACAUCUGUUUACUUGCCUUUAUACAAAGCAGAAUGCAAUUCGGUUGAACAUUAUGGUGCGUGGAACAAUUCUCAGAGCAAAGAAGAUAACAUUAUUGGAACGGCUAAUACACUUGAGCUCCAUCAAUCGUAACUCGUGAUAUUUUAUGCUUGCAUGCAGUCCGAGUAGCAAAACUUGAUUUAUUUCUUUACCUGUUCGUAUUUGUCAAUGGUGUUUAUUUCUAGUGCAUAAGCAUUUUAUCCAGGUCUGUAUAUGAAAUAAAAUUUGGUACCAAAAACCACUGACCAAU